AACAGACAUCUAGUAUUUUGACAGACCUAAAGACAAGAGCUCUCUUCGCCCGUACACAAAACGGGACCGGACUACAAGGCAAACUUAUAUUUAUACAUGGGAUUUUAGUACGAUAUGGCGCGCGUUCUGGUCGCCCUUUUGUUUGUGGUGCUUGGAUCUAAGGCCCACGGGCCAGAUCACACCCACUCUCAUCAUCACCAUCAUCAUCAUCCCCCAAACAGCCACAGUACUUCCAACACCAGAGAUGAUGAAAACAAAGUGCGUACUCCUGCACCGCUCUCAUACGGGUCUUUCCCGACCGAACCCUCCUUUUCGUUCACACAAUCCCGUCUCCGAGGGGUAUGUACGUCGCUUGUGCGAAGAACUGUGAUUGGACAGCAAGUUGUAACCUACCCAUGCUUUCGGCCAAUACCAGGAGUUGUACCACAAUUUGCGCGCCAAAGUCCUAUGGGUCUGGUCUGCCAGGGACUGGUCCGCGCCCCCCGGGCUGAGUACAUACGCGUCCAUACUUGCUGUCCGGGCUGGAAACGAAGUUCCUCUGGCGCCUGCGUAAAAAUGUGCAUGCAUCACGUGCUCUCCUCUAUCUGGACGCGCAUUCGACAGUUAGCUACACGAGGUGAUGGCGGUGAGUUGAUUAUACAGAAGUCGUUACAACCAAAGAUAUCAAAGUCACGUCCAUCAGCGAUCACCAUGCCCCCGAUGCCAUCUUUAACACCAAAAAUGCCUCCCCAAAUACCAUCCAUGCUGCCCCCUCAGAUGACAGCCUCCCAAAUGGCAGAUCGAAUGUCUUUACUUCGGAAUCAGGCGAUGAUGCAACAGCCAGAACAGGUGCCAAAGCGUCUUGAAGAUCUGACUCCUUAUCCGUCGUCCAACGCGAUGGAAAAGAGAAUGCGUUUGAUGUCGACAUUCCGGAAGUCUCCUCUCGCCAAGUUCGGCAAUUCCAUGGCUCAGUGGGCACCCCGUGCUAUGUAUCUUCGGGAAAUGCAGAUGGGAUUGCAAGCUGCAAAAAGAGCAAUUCAGCAAAGAGCUAUGAUGAUGAGGAAUCUAAACAGACAAAUGGUUAUGAGAAGGCGAUUGACUUUCUCGCCACCGGACAUCUUCAGAAAGAUCAUAAUCCCCAAAGGCCUUAAAUUGCUACAUAUCAUCAGAACAUUGAAACCAAAAAUGGAGAAUACACAAAAACCAAAACUAUUGAUCACCAAGAAGGUUGCAUCAAGCACCGAAGCACCUAAAGAAUUUCCUCAAAUCCCCUAAACAGGAAGUUGGAUUGCCACAGA